AUUCAGGUCUAAGUCUGCGUAGAUGAAUGUAUUGGCAAUAAAAAAAUAGAAAACAUUUGUUUAGAGUGAAAUGUUAUGACAUUAGGCAGGUGUCCAUUGACCCAGGUUUAUUCGACAAAAGCAAUGUCUGAAAAAAAGAUAAAUUCCCAGAUGUGUCUAAUAGAAACGGCAGCUAUAGGAAAUAUGCUCUGAAGAUCGACAACAUGUUUCGACGGGGGGGAGAUUUUUCCUGAUGAUAAUUUGAAUAAAUGAUGAAUGCUGAAUAAUUGUUUAAGUGUCCUGACUUUUGCCUUGCUUUUCUGAUUGGCUGGAUGCCAAGUCUUCAGAUCUACUGGAGUGUAAGUUCCACCCUGGCAACAGACCGUGACUAUACAUUGGAGCGUGCUAAUUAUUACAAUGUGGCCAAUAUUAGUCAAGUCUUGCAUUCUAUCCAUGUAGGCUUUUGGGACAUGAAACAAGACAGUAUUUAUUAAUAAUAUUCAUAUUAAUAUCUAGGUCUGCGUAGAGGAAAGUAAUGGCUGUAAGAAGUAAUAUGGUAAUUUUGUAAUUAUUUGUUAUCACAUUGUUUGCCAGAAUAUACUGUAAUGAAACAGCAGGCAGGGAGCAGGUCUCGAACCCUCGACCUUCAAGCCCGAAGUCCGACGCGCUAUCGACAGUGCCGCAAAACCAUGGUCAAGCGUCAGAGUCGAUUUCCGCGCUUAUAAACCCAGGGUCGUUACAAUACAUUGUAGUCAAUUUUCUCCUAAACUGCGUCAGCAGAUGGCGAUGGUGGCGCUUCUUAUGUGACGUAUAAUCUUGUGGACGGGACGUUUCUUCAACAACAGCAACAACACGGCUACUGAUUCAGCCACCUCGGUAACUCGCUAGCCAACACAAAACCGAAACAUUUUACUGUUUUAACCUCAGUGUUUUAAACACACUAUCUGCAUAUUUACUAGUUACUCCAUUUAAUAUUGACCUUGUUAGCUAGCUAGCUUGUAAAGAUAGCCUACUACUAAGCUAAUCGCUAAUGCUAGCUAGCAAGCUAACAUCCCCGACCAUGAGCUCACUAAGCCGAUCCCUUCCUGCUAAAGAAGAGGUCUGCUGGACGGAGAAAGAAACUCUCGUGAAAGAGGAGAAGGAAGAAAAGGAUGUCACAGUUAAAAAAGAAGUAGAGGGUGAGGCUGUUACAGUGAAAGAAGUUACUGUGACAGAAGAGAGAGAAGAUUUCAAAGUGAAAGAGGAGGAUGUUACUGUGAAAGAAGAGGAAGACGUUUUCAGAGUGAAAGAAGACGAGGAGGAAGAGAAACAACAGGAUGCAGUUUUUGUAGUGAAAGAGGAGGAUGAGGCGAUGACUGUCACAGUGAAAGAAAUAAAACACGUUUUUGGAGUGAAGGAGGAGGGGGAGAUUACUGUCACGUUGGAGGAGGAAGAAGAUCCGAACGGAGAUCUGAUUACCACCAGAGAGAGACCAGACUCUGAAGAACCAGAGACGUCUGAACCAGCAAGACGACACCACUGCUCCCAGUGUGGAAAAAGCUUUACUCAAUUACGGACACUGAAGGUGCAUGAAAGAAUACACACUGGAGAGAGGCCCUACCAAUGUUCCCAGUGUGGAAAGAGUUUUACCCAGUUAGCGAGCCUGAAAAUACAUAAUAGAAUACACACAGGAGAGAAGCCUUACCAAUGCUCCCAGUGUGGAAAGAGAUUUUCACAGUUAAGUUACCUGAAAUCACAUGAGAUAAUACACACAGAAGAUAAGCCUCACAAAUGCCCUCAAUGUGGUAAUACCUUUAAGCGGUUAAAUAACCUGAAGGACCAUAAAAGAGUACACACCGGGGAAAAGCCUUACCACUGUUUCCAUUGUGAAAAGAGUUUCCGCUGGUUAAGGCAACUGAAAGCGCAUGAGAGAACACACACUGGAGAGAAGCCCUUCCAAUGUUCCCAGUGUGGAAAGAGUUUUACCCAGCUAGGGAGCCUGAAAAUACAUAAUAGAAUACACACAGGAGAAAAGCCUUAUCAAUGCUCCCAGUGUGGAAAGCGUUUUAACCGAUUAAGAAACCUAAAAUCACAUGAGUGGAUACACAGAUGAAAAGCCCCAUCACUGCUCUGUGUGGAAAGAGUUUAACCUCAUCAGGCUCCCUGAAGAUUCAUGAGCAAAGACACACAGGGGAAGCCUUUCCACUGCUCCCAGUGUGGAAUUACAUUUACCUGGUUAAGGCAACUGAAAUCACAUGAAAGUAUCCACACGAGAGAAACUCUAUGAAUGCCUUCAGUUUAGAAAGAUAUUUACCCAGUUUAGGCACCUGAAAGACUGAGGUUACACUCUCCGCAGAGAAGCCUUACCCAUGCUCCCAGUGUGGAGAGCGAUAUUUCACAUACUUACAAUUCAUGAUGUAUCACACACUUUGCUCCCAUACUUGUCUCAUAUUUUUGACUGAAAAUUGAUGCUUUGUGGUUUUGUUUAUGCUCUUAUUUCCAUAUGAAAUCAAAUUGGAGAAAACCUACUCAAAAAUAAAUGUGUAUGUUUUAUGCUUUAAUAUCCCAAGAUAUGAAUUGAAUAUGGAGUGUAGCAGUUUUUAUGUAGAUUCUAUGUACACUCUGGGAUUAAAGUCUUUUUUUUUA